UGCGGCGAUCCCAGCAUAUCGCACCUGGAAACAAUUAAUCUAAUAAGCUGUAAUAUAAUGCCGAGCAUUUGCAUAAUUGGUGCGGGAACGGGUGGCCUUUGCAGUGCCCGACAUGCGGUUGAGAGUGGAUUUGAAACAACAGUAUUUGAACUAUCUGACCGAAUCGGGGGAACCUGGGUUUACAUCGAGGCAACAGGCAUUGUCAACGGAAUUGACGUUCAUAGCAGCAUGUACAAAAAUUUACGCACCAAUUUGCCCAAGGAGGUAAUGGGUUUUCCGGACUUUGAAAUUGCCGAAAAUGAGAUGUCCUAUGUGAGAUCUGAUGAAAUGUUGGAUUUCUUCGAGCAGUAUGCGGAACAUUUUAAACUAAAGCAACAUAUCCGAUUUAAUUCCUAUGUGGUUCGAGUUGUGAAAAAGAAUGAAAAGUGGCAAGUCCUUGUGAAAGAUGUGGUGACAAACAAGAUCGCUUUUCAUUAUUUCGAUAAGAUAAUAGUGGCAAACGGGCAUUAUCACACUCCCAACUACAUUAAAAUUCCCAAUAUGGAGCGGUUCAAGGGCGAGUCCAUGCACAGCCACGAUUUCAGAACAAAUAAAAUUUUCGAAGGUAAAACAGUCCUGGUGAUUGGGGGUGGCCCAAGUGGAAUGGAUUUGUCUAAUAUCAUAUCUAGAGCUGCGAAGAGAGUCAUUAUAAGCCAUCACGUGACAGAUAUUGGAGAUAAUAUUUUCUUUGAAAACGUCCGCCAGAAGCCAGAUGUGAGGGAGCUCGACGAAAAUGGGGCCUUCUUUGUGGAUGGGUCCUAUGAGCAGUUCGACAUUAUUUUCUAUUGUACAGGAUAUAAAUAUGCCUUUCCCUUUCUGAGUGUUGACUCGGGGAUCUAUGUUGAGGACAAGUACGUCCAGGAUCUGUACAAACAAUGCAUCAACAUAAGAGACCCAUCGAUUGCAUUGAUUGGCUUGCCCUUUUACGUUUGCGCGGCACAAAUGAUGGAUCUACAGGCAAGAUUCGUCAUGAGCUACUACAAUGGGAAAAACAAACUGCCAUCUCCGGAGGUGAUGCUAAAGGACACACAGGACAGAAUGAACAAACUUUGGAAUGAGGGCUACCGAAGACGUCAAGCACAUAUGUUGGGACACAAUCAAGCCCACUAUUACACGGAUUUGGCGGAAACCGCUGGGAUAAAGAAAAUAAAAGAUGUUAUGGCAAAAUUGCACGACGAAAGCAGCAAAUGUUUCAAUGAAAACCUACUUCAUUUUCGAGAGGAUAUCUUUAAAAUAGUGGAUGAUGAGACUUUUAUCAAAGUAAAUUAAAAAAAAAAAAAAUGUCAUUCCUGAAUACAAAUGAAGUAAACGAAGGCAGUUACACAAUAAAGCAUUUA